AUGCUCAAGUAUGUCAACAUUGGUUAUAACAACUUUGAUGGCCCAAUCCCUGAAUCUCUAUCUGAAUUCCCCACCCUCGGAGAGAUUGAUCUUGGUUACAAUAACUUAUCCGGCUCAAUCCCUAGAUCUAUGUCAAAGCUAGUCAACCUCUAUUACCUUGAUCUCUCCGGAAACAAAUUGGAAGGUGAGAUACCAAGUUGGCUAUGGAGAUUGACGGUGGUGAAGCUUUCUUACAACUCUUUCAGCAGUUUUGCCAAGUCAUCAUCACAAGUUCCCGAUGAAACACAAAUCAUAGGGUUGGGUCUUAAUUCGAACUCAUUCAGAGGACCGUUUCCCAAAUGGAUCUGCGAGCUUAGAUCGUUACACAUCUUAGAUCUGUCCGACAAUAGGUUUAGUGGCUUAAUCCCUCAGUGUUUUGGGAAUUCCACCAUCACUCUCCAAGAGCUCUUCUUGCGUGACAACAACUUCACUGGAAUCCAUCCGGACGUGUUUGUCAACGCUACCAAUCUAAGAGCACUUGACAUCAGCUACAACAAGUUGGAGGGGAAACUUGUUAGGUCCUUGAUCAACUGCAGAGAUCUGAGGUUUCUCAAUCUGAAAAGCAACAGAAUCAACGACGAGUUUCCAUUCUGGUUGGGUUCUCUUCCGUCGCUAAACAUCCUUCUCCUCCAAUCAAACCGGUUCCACGGACCGUUAUACCACCGCCACUUUUCCGGUGGGUUUCGGAAUCUGAGAGUCAUCGACGUCUCGCGUAAUGACUUAAGUGGAACUUUCCCGGCUUUCUAUUUCUCGGAUUGGCGUGAGAUGAGGACGCUAAACGCAGAGUAUGACGACACGUACAUGAAAGAUUCGGUGUUUGAUCUCGCUGUUUAUCAUUCCAUGAAAAUGGUGAACAAAGGAGUGGAUACAGAAUAUGACAAGAUCCGAACCGACUUCAUAGCCAUUGACUUUUCGGAGAACAGAUUACGUGGAAGCAUCCCUGAAUCCAUCGAAAUGUUGCGAGAGUUGCAUCUUCUCAACUUGUCAGGUAACGCAUUCACAGGCCAUAUACCUCUAUCACUGGCGAAUUUGACAAAGCUCGAGGCGUUAGAUCUGUCUCGGAAUCAUCUGUCAGGUCAGAUUCCUCCAGGUCUUGGAAGCCUCUCCUUUCUGUCGACAAUGAACUUCUCCCACAACUACCUCGAAGGUCCCAUACCACGAGGCACACAGUUUCAAAGCCAAAAUUGUUCUUCGUUCAUGGACAACCACAAACUCUACGGUCUCGAAGAUAUCUGUGGUGAAACUCUUGUCCCGAAUCCAACACCAGAAGAAUCGGAGGAUUUCCAGAAGCACAAGAACAUGUGUUUAACUGGAUAG